UCAUCGAGGCUCAGGACGCCCCUGCGUGCCAACCACAGGACUCAUCGCCACAGCUGCAUGUGGAUCAGGCAGGGACAGACACACAAUCAUGGUUUCUUUGGUCCCCGUGUGUGUGCCAUGUGUGCAUCAGAUGCUGGCCUGAUGGUUCGCGACGGAUCAGAGACGAAGUGAUGCCGUGGAGCGACAACUUAUCCAGCUGCAGCCACACCAAAGCACAUGCACGCAUCCACCCACACAACCCCCCCAUCCUUCGGCUCACCAUGCUCCUCCUCACUCGCUGCAUAGCCUGCAGCGACAGACGCCGGCCUCGCAGCAGUCUCGCAGCAGCCUGACGAUGGAUAGCGAGGCUGUUUUGCCCUCAGAUGCGUGUUUCAUGCUGAAAGGAGCUCACCCACAGUGGAGAAGGGCAGGAAAAGGAGGGGAAUCUCUCGCUUCUUUGCGAGCUCGAAGAGGUCUGCGAUCCUGGUUGGUUGGUUAAGGGUUUGACGAGACACCUGUCCCUAAGCCCGGCGCUACCUUCCGGCGCAACCAGGCAUCUUCUCUGUCCACAGCACACACCAAACAGGCAACAGGCACAUGCAGAAUGCAUGCACAAGGCCUAUCUGCCCUUCCCAUGGAGCAGUGGGUGCUAGUCUGACAGAUCCUGGUUGGUUGGUUGGUUAAGGGUUUGACGAGACACCUGUCCCUAAGCCCGGCGCUACCUUCCGGCGCAACCAGGCAUCUUCUCUGUCCACAGCACACACCAAACAGGCAACAGGGACAUGCAGAAUGCAUGCACAAGGCCUAUCUGCCCUUCCCAUGGAGCAGUGGGUGCUAGUCUGACAAGUCAGCGUCAAGCACCCACUGCUCCAUCUCAUGCAACUCAUAUAUGAAGUCAUACUCACCAUCAAACUGACUGGGUGGGAGAGAUGGAUUGAGUGCAAGCCAGCGAGCCCGCUCCUUGUGUGCAGCUAGGAGGAAGUCUGCAACUGCUGAAAGGAGCGGUAGCUUAUCUGACUGCAGCAGAGAGGUAGUGAAAACUAUAGGGUGCGCCUUGCUCCAUCGCUUGUAGUUACAAGCAUCAGGGGCGGUAAUACCAU